AUGACUGCAACAGAACAAUGGAUCUUCCUCUGUGCUGCGCAUAAAACUCCAAAAGAGGUUUCAUUUGAUCAUUUUUAUAUUCAUUAUGUAUACAUUUCGCUCAUAGAAAAUCACAGUGCUCAACACAUAUAUGUUAUUGACUAAGCGAGAGGUUUGGUCUGUAGGAUGUAAGUCGAGUUCUUUUUUCGUUUGUAUAUGGCCGAGGCCCAUGUAUGCAAACGAAAAAAGAACGAGACUAAUAUCCUACUGUCUGGACCGAACAAGCUCAGUCAAUAAGUUAAUUUAUUAACUUAUGAAAAAAAUUUUCAUAAAUUAAUUUAUUAAUUUAUGAAAAACAAUGUUUAUAAAUUAAGUUGCUUACUACACUGUCUGAACAUUUAAAAAUGCAGGAUUUUAACUGGAAACAAUUUUUGACCAAGGUCAAACGAUAACAACUUAUUUUCAGGUAUUAAUCUUUUAAUUUAAAAGUCGAAAACAGAGCAGUUUUUAGUCCAAUUUCACUUCAGUUCCCCGAAAAACCGCUCGAUGGCGGCAAGUAUUAACUAUCACUCUGUCAGCAUUAUAAAAAAGCGUUUUUAUACAAUUCAUGUAAACAACGUUUUAACACAAACUAGAGUACAAUAGUUCAAGUUAUUUUAUGUAAAAAAAACUUACCAAGAUCACAUAUUUUUACGUUUUUCUACGCGAGCGGUCCACACUAUGAGAUCAGUGAGCAGUCCGUAGUGCAGGUUACCGACCGCUCAGGAACCAAUGAAAAUGUUGCAUUUUGUAGACGGACCACCUUGCCAUGCAUAGAGUAAUGAUAAAUAUUAACAUUUGCAAUCGAAAGGUUCAUAAUAUUUCUGCUUCUUUUAACUAUAGUGUCCUGCUUUGGACUAUACAAGGCACACUUUGGAUGAAGUGGCGCUGCGUCACUUCUUAACGGCAAUAAAUACUUUCCUAGCCGGUACUGUGUAUUUUUAUGGAUAAUUUUAUAAAUGCGGCAAGCUGAGUACAGUGUGCGAUGCUUCAAGAUUUUUAGUUGUACCUUACUGGUACUGCAGUGAUUAUUGACGCUUACUUAACUUGAAUUAUAAACUUAAGACUCAAUAUGUACUUAGUCUUUAAGAUACAGUACUGGCAUAAAUCACAGUUUUUUGAAAGCAUUUCAUUCAGUAACCUGAAACUAUGUGUUAGAACAAUUAUAAGGAACACAAUUGUACACACGACCACAUGCAAUUGACUUCGACAUUCCUUAAUGCCAUCUUAUUCCGUCAGUCCAAUCAUGGUUUCAUGCCAAGACAUUUCAGAUAUAGCUACCAAUACUGUACUUAAUUUUAAUUUCGGUUUUGAAUACCUGGGAACGUUUGCUGGUCAUAUGGUAAAGCAAAAGUAAGCACGUUGGUAGAAGCAUAAUUAAUAAAAUAGAUGUUUGGAAACUCAUUAGAAACACAAUAUAACUCAUUAUCUAUGUUAGUGAACGUUUAUUCAUAAAUCUGGUCCUUCACCGUCACGUGUGUAUUGUAUUUUUGCCCAACUAACCAAUAGCAAUGUCUUAGGAAGUUAACCUAUCCGUGACUCGAACAAUAGGGAAACUGGAAAUUGCUAUUACGUGAUGGUGAAGGACCAGAUUUAUGAAUAAACGUUGACUAACAUAGAUGAUGAGUUAUAUUGUUAUUCUAAUGAGCUCCCAAACCAUCUAACUAUGCUAGAAUACAAUAUAAAAACUUUAUUUCUCGAGGGUAAAACACGUAACAGUAUAAAUUUACUGAUGAAUUUGAGUACGCUGGUGCUAUCGAAGCGUGUAAUUUGUUUCAUGUUUAUGCGACCCAUCCUGUUCGUUUGUAUGAUGUUAUGUAUAUCAUCAUACGGUCAUCCUUGAAUCUUUGAUGUAUGUCAUCAUUCAGGUGCACUUUAUGUAUGAUGUAUAGACACAUUGAUAACUUGAGCCUCGCCCCACCCCACCCCCACCCUAACCGGGGGCAUCUAACCCUUCACCCUGAUAGGGGGAUGAUAUGACAAUGUUGUUCAAGUACAAUAAAAUGUAUGUUUAACAAUUAUAUGUUUUAGCAAGUAUAUAAGGUUACAACAUUAACACAACUACAAGCUUAAAACAAAACCAUUUUAAAACCGAAAAUAAAAACACAUUGGUGUAAAGAAAAUCAAUAAAUCUAAUCAAAACACACGUGUUUGUGUCACUGUGUGAAUACGGAGGAGAGGCUGAAUAGAUGGCUGGGGCUUAAUAGAGAAGGAGGUUUAAUCAAUUUCUUCAUUGAAUAGGUGGAAUUAAUGGACGAAUUAAGGUUAUAAUAAGAAAUAGCAUGGUUCCUGGUUACAAUUUGGAUAAAAAUACUUUCGUCAAUUUUUCUUGCGAGUAUUCUUGCAGGUUCGCCAUGCAAAGCCCCUCGCGUGUGAAUAUUUAUAUUCCCCACCCCUACCCCCAAUGGGACACCCCCGGCACCAGACGCUCAACAAAAAAAAUUCCCACAACCGGGAAGUAUCGGUGUACAUUUUCCGGAAGGGUGGUAACAGGAAGAAUUGAACCAUGCACUGUAGUAACGUUAAAUUUUUCACUUUAGGGUGGCCAUCAAGGAGUCAUCGAUCUCGAAGCUUGGUUCUGUUUGUCGAAGAAUUUAUAGAAUAUUUUCUCACGCUUAUUACCAUCACCGACGGAUGUAUGAUGAGUUUGAA